AUGCGUAUCUCGUAUGCCUUGAUCACAUUCGUUACCUCAGGGAGCCUGGCUAGCGCUGCCCCUGGCAAAGACCAAACUCAUCAACACGCCGAGCACAGGCGCCAGCUGGGUACGAGUGCUGGAAAUAUUGGAAAGGACGCGACAUUCGACUAUGUAAUUGUUGGCGGUGGCACCGCUGGUCUCGUGAUGGCCAACAGGCUGAGCUCCCAGAGCGGAGUCACCGUGGCUGUCAUCGAAGCUGGGACGUUUUAUCAAGUCACGAAUCCCAUCCUCGGUAACACGCCAGCUGGCGAUGUGAUAUUCGCUGGGUCAAGCCCGCUUGAUUCCAACCCGCUUGUUGAUUGGAAUUUCGUCACACAAGGGCAAGCGGGAGCCAACAACCGUAGGGUGCACUACGCUCGUGGCAAGUGUCUUGGUGGCAGUUCUGCUCGUAACUUCAUGAUAUACCAGCGCGGUACCGUCCAGACCUAUCAAAAGUGGGCGGAUGCCGUCGGGGAUGACAGCUACACUUGGGACGCGCUCCUCCCCUACUUCAAGAAGAGCGUCAAGUUCACAACACCCAAAUCUUCCCGUUCUCCCAACGCGAGUGCAAAAUACAACUCCGGUGCCUUUUCUGCUGCAGGUGGACCGCUCGACGUCUCAUACGCAAACUAUGCUCAGCCUUUCAGCGCUUAUCUCGAGCCGUCUUUGAACGAGAUCGGGAUCUCCCAGACUCAGGAUUUCAACAGCGGCCAAGUGAUGGGGGCCCAGUACUGCUCUAGCACCAUACAGCCCAACUCCCAGAAACGCGAAUCCAGUCAGACGUCCUUCCUCGACGAGGCCAUUGGCCGCAGCAAUCUAAAGGUCUAUCAGCUAUGCCUUGCCAAACGAAUCCUCUUCGACAAUAAUAAGAGGGCCACAGGCGUAGUAGUCACCUCCAACUUGGGUCUAGGCACUUUUACUCUCCAAGCCCGCAAGGAGGUCAUCUUGUCGGCGGGUGCCUUUCAGAGUCCUCAGCUGCUCAUGGUAUCGGGCAUUGGCCCCAGGGAUCAGCUCGAAAAGUUCAACAUCCCCGUCGUUGCCGAGCGGCCUGGUGUUGGCAAGACUAUGGAGGACCACGUCUUCUUCGGUCCUACGUGGCGUGUCAAAGUCCAGACUCUAACCCGUCUCGCUAACGACCUGGUAUAUACUGCGGCCCAGUUUGCUGGCCCUUAUACCCUCCUGAAGCAGGGCCCGCUCACCAACCCGAUUGCUGAUUUCCUUGGUUGGGAAAAGACUCCUCGUGACCUCAUCUCCGCCGAGGCUGCCGCGGUUCUCGACAACGAGUUCCCCCCAGACUGGCCUGAGAUCGAGUACUUGUCCGCUCCAGGCUACGUUGGUGACUUCAGCAACCUUCUCACUACCCAACCCAAGGACGGCUAUCAGUACGCCACCAUCCUCGGCGCGCUAGUCGCUCCUCUUUCCAGAGGCACUGUCACGCUCGCCUCCGCCGAUACCCAAGACCUACCUCUCAUCAACCCCAACUGGCUCACUGAUCCAACCGACGUGGCCGUUGCGAUCGCGACAUUCAAGCGUAUGCGCCAGGCGUUCGCUAGCAACUCCAUGCGCCCCGUUCUAGCCGACAACAAGGAAUACUUUCCCGGCCCCGGAAUCGAGACGGACGAGCAGAUCCUCCAGAAUAUCCGUAACACUGUCAUGACGGUUUGGCACGCUAGCUGCACUUGUCGUAUGGGGAAGAAAGACAAUCCCAUGGCCGUUGUUGACAAGGAUGCCAAGGUCAUUGGCGUUGAUGGACUCAGGGUCGUAGAUGCCAGCAGCUUUGCGCUGCUACCUCCUGGACACCCUCAGAGUACUGUCUAUGUCCUCGCCGAAAAGAUCUCAGCCGAGAUUUUGGCCAGUGUCUAG